GUCAGACAUUGUUCGACCCACAAAGCGUCUUUGGAUAUUUCCUGAAGGAAUUGAUAUUAGAUGUCUAUUAUGUACGACAUGCCCUCCUGGGAAUGUGCAGAACAGUUAGGCCUAUCACUCGCGUAUAUCCACAUGCAGAAAUAAUGGAGUGGUAAUAUAAUGCACGUGUCCUUAAUAUCAUACGCAGUUUUCCGUGACAAAAUGGAGCCGCAGUAAUAAUUUCGAGAAAGUUUUGAUUGUUCCCAGAAAUCACCUUUAAUAGCCAAUUGGCAAAAUGGUAUCCAUGGCAUCAAUCAAUAAAAUGACAGAAAGGCAUACAUUUGAAGAUGCAGUAAAACAAAAACAUUUCAAAAGGCAUACAUUCCUCUUUAUGAUGGAAAUGUGGUUCACACCUAAACUAUUUCUGUGCCCUCUUCUCAAAUACAUCUCCUAAGUUUCUUGAAGUAAAUCAGAGAUAAGAUGUGUGUGCUUAAAAUUACGGAUUUUCCGAGAACUUCAUUUUAAAACUUUGUUUAUAUUUCUACGUUUAUUGAGACUGUAACCUAUGGCUUGGGACUUGUUUUGAGUUGCAAUAUUAAUUUACAAAAUUUUACGACUGGUCUCCUUUAGUCUCUGCAGAAGACGAAGAGAAUGUAGCAUUUGCCCCUUAGUAGUAUAACACCUGCUUUCUUAAAAACCUCUGAGUAACUUUUGUGGUGACUUGAUUAUUAUUCCACAAUUUCCAGUUAUUGUGCGCAAAUCAAAGCUUCUGUCUGUGAAGCCCGUCGGAAGUCACGGACCAUGCUUUUUUACGGUUUAAUUCUGAGCAGACUGGUUUUGUGUAUAGCUUGUCGUAAUGAACUAGAUUCAUUUCAUUAUGCUGAUAUUCCGUUUCAUAUAUUGUGGAGAGAAAUCAAAGAUAAGUGUUGGCCAUUGCAGCUGUUUGAAUCACGUGCAUCAUAUGUCUUUUUAUCUAAGAAAAACACACACCGACUGUUAUAGUCUGUAAUGUCUAAGGGGUUUGUGUGAAACAACACGAUUAUAGGGUAACUGUUCGGUGUAGUUGUAUACGACGUGUUCAUUCUGCAAGACCAGAAGUAGAUUGCACAGUACAUGUCUGAGGCAUUUGUCAUUGACGGCAAUUAUUCAUCUGUGGCCAUUCGCGCUUGAGCUGACGAAUUAAUGAACAGAGACAUUUUAAUUCAAAUUCUCUGCGCCUUUGACUGUCAGAGACAUAAGUGAGUACCAAGUAAUAAACUACCCGGAAAUUAGUGGCGGGAACGGCAUUGGCAGUGUUGGCGGGGUUGUUAUGGCGGCUUCCCUCAGUAAAUUGAUUUCGAGUUCACCAUAAAACCUCCUUUACUUUCAAGCGAAGUGCAAUCCUGCAGUGCAUUUGUGCUGUUCUUGGUAAUUAUAGUAUGCGAUACAACCGUCAGUUGGUGGAGAGGGGCUGACACUUUUUGUGGCGUGAGUAUUUCUGCUUCGAGUCAAGUACUGGACGAGCCGAAUACACACCUCACUGCAAAUCCAGUCCGUGCACUAAGCCUUGCACAUCAGCAUCCAAAUGGACGAUUUACAUUUUAUUAAGGAACGCAGCUCUUCAUCCGUAACAAAGCCAUCUGGGUUAUCUGAUAUGGACUUGAACCAUGAAUAUCAACAUUUCUGAACCGAUGCUUGAAGACAGUGGACAAAAUGUAACUGGAAACAUGUUAUUUGAUGAACGAACUCUCUCAGUACCUGAUAUAUUCAUCUUUGUAAUCUUUCCAAUCGGUCUCCUUACCAACUGCACUUUUCUUGUCGUCAUCGCACGUCACAAAUUCCUUCGAAUUCCAUUCAAUAUAUUUCUUUCCAACCUUGCAGUCAGCGGUGUCAUCUACUUAAUCCUUGCUCUGUCUUUCACAUGCAUAAGUAACAAGGAGGACCCAUUUUUGCGCGGAUUUUGUUUCUUGUUUUCUGUCUCCUACGUAGCCACCAGCUUAUUCGUUACUGUCGUCGCCACUGAACGCUUUCUCGCUGUAUGUUUCCCGUUGAAGUAUACCAUCCUUGUCAACGACCGACACCGGGCCUGGAAGAUCUCUGCUUCUGCCUGGCUGACUGCUGCAAUCUGUGGCGCACUGGUUAAACUGGUGGUGUUCCUGUCCAGCUUCGAAAAGAGGGCUCUUCUCUUCGUCAUAAUUUUCUUUUGCUUGGUUUUCCUAACGGUCAACAGUGUCUUGUAUGCCUGCAUCAUUGUGCGUUUGUGGAAACGCCCAUUGACAUCAUCGUGCGUCCAUCGUCGCGUUGUUACCAAAUUAGCGAUCACUGCGUUAGUGGUGUUUUCAGUUGAUACGACCCACGUCAUAUACAUCAUCUUACAUUACUUCUUCGAGGAGAAGUUAAACAAGACACCCUUUGAGAUGAUUGUUUUGUGUUUGAAUGUUGCGAGUGCCACCAUUAACCCACUCAUGUAUGGUGUGGUGAAUUUCGAGUUACAGAAACUUUCAGUCAGGAAGGUCCUUGGGAGAUGGUGCUGUAAGGUCAACCGAGCUCAGGAAUUGACAGAGAACCAGCCCCCAUCUCGUUCUUUCAAGAGAGCAACUGACAUCUUAAUUGAUCGAUCUCCGGUUCAAACCACUGAUAAAUAACAAACCGUCCCGGACUUGAGUUUGAUGAGAGAGGAGAAUUUAAAGUUUGUGUAGUUAAACGGUUUUUGAAAGGUUUCAGAUACCUACUGGAUUGCACUUUAAAUGUGAAGAUUGCAAGAUUUUAGCAAGUAGGUAUAAUUACAUUGCAUUUGUAUUCAUUGACACCUAAUUAACAUAUUCCUUCCUAAAAGCUGAUUGCCAUUGGUAGAAUCAAAUACAUUGUUAUUCUGUGUACGUUGAUGCUGUGUACAGAAAAUCUCAUAGUGUUUAAUUCCAUGGAUGGUGAAAAUAUUAUAAUACACAGUACUUUAUCUCAUGCAGUUGUCCUGCUUUUGAAAUAAGUUAAAACUAACGAUUUAUUUUGUUGUGGCAAAAUGACUUAAAAAUGUGAGGCUGUAUCCAGAUUGAUUUACUGCAUUUUGGCCCUUCUGUCUCCUGGGGCAAGAGACGAACAGGGCUAAGCAUUCCCCAACGUACUUUCCCAUCCUACAUAGCUUGUGUAAACAUUAGAAAGAAAUCAAAAGAGAAAACAAGUUUACAAAUUUUGUUUUUCGCUGUUUUAUCUCGUCCGGUUGGCAGUUAUUGUAAAUAGAUUAUGUGGAGUUGAAAAUGCCGUCGUCCAAAUCUUUUUGUCGGAGUCAAGUUACCUCUCGAGCUGCUCUGUAAAUGCGUCCUUAUGAUCACGUGUUUUUUGUAUUUUGCCCUCUGUUGAAGUAAAGUGGAAUCGCCCCUUACAAACGACGGAGGCAUUCUGUGACAGCCAGCUAUCUUGUAGCAUUGAUUUAUUGCUUUUGUUCCACAAAUGGAAACACUUGCAUCUACAUGUAAUAAGAACGGAAGGAAGCAAGGAAGGAACAAACUCAUUUGCAUAUUUUGUCCUGGAUAUAAAGUAUUGUCCUUGUGUUUAAACGACGUUGGAAUCCUAUUCGUACAAUGACCAGUUGAUUACUUAGAGAAUUCUUUAACUAAGCCAGACUUUUGAUAUAUUUAUCACAGUUUUAGUCCAUGUACUCGACUCUCAUAAUUUGGAUUAAAUUUUAUUGACUAAACUUAUUGUUUCUUUACAAUUUUGAAGGAAACACUUGCGACAAGAAAUAUCUUUGAAUCCUAGGCUUCUCUUAACCCUUGUCAAUCCUAAACCUGCGACUUUUGACCUAACCCCGUGUCAGAAACCCCAGCGAACCCCCUUACAGUAGUACCACUGAUGAACGCUGAGCCUGCUUACACUUUCAUCACCCCAGAAGUGCUGCUACGUGCCCUGCAUCGUUUCUAGAACAGAAGCGUUGAAUGCGUCAUUACUGUGUGCCAUAUGCAUGCCCAACAAUAUUGUAAUCUGGCCUACUGUAUGAAUAUUGUGGGUAAACAUUCAGUUUGUAAUACGUGCCUCAAUUCAUCUCUGAUUUGUCACGCCGUGUCGCCUUCACUAAUGAAUUGUUUAAGAAAGAGUGAUUGAUGUGAGAACAGUCAAAUGGACGUUUUCAACUAGUAAGGAUAUGAACUAGUUAUAUGCCAUCACUGACUGACCAAAGUCACAGCUCCAUUCUAGAAUCUAAACUUAGAAGAUCUCUGUCAAUGACAGUUCUUUGUCGGCCUUUUUUAUGACGUUGUUCCCGAUUUGACUUUUUUCUUUUGCUUGCCAUUUGAGAUUGAGUUUUAAAUCGUCGGGUAAAUGCUGGUUUAUAAUGUCAAGUACCACGUGUAUUAAGUACGUGUACUGUAUGUUCCAUGAUGACGCGAGACGAAAAAGGCACUGUAAACCGUAUGUCGAGCUUAUGCGCGCCAUUGGCUUGCGUCUUUACCUUGCUAAAGGAUGAAUGAUAAACUCUAAUCAGGCCCAAUUUAAGACAAAAGGGAAAGCUGGUAUUAUCACGGACCAAAUGGUUGGCAGUUUCAUGGACCGCCCCCGGAUACCUUGAACGGUUUACGCACGGCUAGCAAUGGAUGUCAUGUGUGCGUUCUACUGCGCCAUGAAAACAGUACAAAGCCUUCUCAUAUCAUUAAACCAAUAAGUAAUUCAUGACGUUACAUGUUCUCUGUGUCCUUGCAAAACACUAAUUGUGUUUUGUGUUGCUCGUGCUGUUGAGUAUCGAACGUGAGCUUGUAUAAAUGUGCAAGUGGUCUAGAUAAAUCAUUCAUCGCAGUGUGACAUUCUUAUGUUUAUUGCGUUGCCAGGCUCCCAUUUUCCAGUCUUUUUCAUGUAAUUUGUAUUUAUAAUGAUGCUUCAGCGAAUUUUGCUAUUGAACGAUAAUUGCUUUUACCGGUUGACAAUAACGACUGAAACGAGUGUAUAUUAGGGAUAUAACAUGAAAAUUUUGUAUGUCUUGAUCAACUAAGCAGAAAGUCCAACUAAUUAUUGCAGCUUUUCAACACCUUCAUUUUUGUGUGUGUUGCGAAAUAAAAACUUUGACUUCUUGCUUUGCUUA